GCCGGCCGGUGCCGUCAGUCAGGCAGCGGGAACCGCCGGGAGCGGAUGGCGGCGGUGGUAGCGGGCCCACUGGCCGCCGGGGGUGAGGAAGCUGCAGCUGCCGUCUCCGUGCCAGGGUCUCCUGGUCUGCCCGGGAGCCGCAGCGCAGAGCGAGCCCUAGAGGAGGCGGUGGCCACCGGGACGCUGAACUUGUCCAACCGGCGUUUGAAGCACUUCCCGCGGGGCGCGGCCCGCAGUUACGACCUGUCAGACAUCACCCAGGCUGACUUGUCUCGGAACCGGUUUCCCGAGGUGCCUGAGGCCGCGUGCCAGCUGGUGUCCCUGGAAGGCCUGAGCCUCUACCACAAUUGCCUGAGAUGCCUGAACCCAGCCCUGGGGAAUCUCACAGCCCUCACCUACCUCAACCUCAGCCGGAACCAGCUCUCCUCCUUGCCACCCUACAUCUGCCAGCUGCCCCUUCGAGUACUUAUCGUCAGCAACAACAAGCUAGGAGCCCUGCCUCCAGACAUCAGCACCUUAGGAAGCCUGCGGCAGCUUGACGUGAGCAGCAAUGAGCUGCAGUCUCUCCCGGUGGAGCUGUGUAGCCUCCGCGCCCUGCGGGAUCUCAACGUUCGGAGGAACCAGCUCAGUGCCCUGCCUGAUGGCAGAGGAAGGAGCACCAUAUGCAAGGCAUGGAGAUGGGGAGCAGGAUGCAGCAUGGAUGCAGUCAGAAAGACAAACUCGAGGGCGGCAGGAAGAACAAGAGCAGUGGUCACCCACUUACCCAUUGUCCUGCCUCUUUCUGCCCCUUCUGCCUCUGCCGUCCACCUGCCAAGUCUGCACCUGCAGGUCAUUCUGCUGGAUAGCAACCCCCUCCAGAGCCCGCCUGCCCAGAUCUGUCUGAAGGGGAAACUUCACAUCUUCAAGUACUUAACGAUGGAGGCCGGUCGGGGAGCUGCCCUCGGGGACCUGGUCCCUUCCCGCCCCCCAAGUUUUAGUCCUUGCCCUGCCGAGGACUUAUUUCCGGGACGCCGGUAUGAUGGUGGCCUGGACUCCGGCUUCCACAGUGUUGACAGCGGCAGCAAGCGGUGGUCAGGAAACGAGUCCACAGAUGAUUUUUCAGAGCUGUCCUUCCGGAUCUCAGAGUUGGCCCGGGAGCCCCGGGGGCCCAGACACCAGAGGGACGACGGCCCUGGCGAUGGAGACCCGGAGCAGAUUGACUUUAUUGACAACCAUGUUCCUGGGGAAGAGGAAGAGCGGGGUGCAGCUGAGGAGCAGCUGCCUGCUGAGUUGAGCCUUGUGGCAGAUGUGGAGAAGACAUGGGGCAGCAGGCGGGAGGAGCCUGCAGGGGAGGAGAGGCGGCGCCCAGACACUUUGCAGCUGUGGCAGGAGCGCGAGCGGAGGCAGCAGCAGCAGCAGCAGAGUGGGGGUGUCCUUAAGCGGGGGAUCAGAGCCGCGGGCGCCUCGUCCUCGGCCGCGCAGGCCGCCUCCAAUGGCCCACCGAAGUCCAGUGCUACCCAGCUAGGAGUUUCAGGGGGGCAGGGAGCUCCCACACCGCCCCCCGUCUCCCAGGACUCCAUUCCUGUAUCUGGACCAGUGACAGCUCCUGUUCCCAGGCCGCUGGGCUCCAUUCAGAGACCAAACAGCUUCCUCUUCCGUUCAUCCUCUCAGAGCGGCUCUGGCCCUUCCUCUCCAGAGUCCGUUGUGAGAUCGCGGCCGUUUCCUCAGACUCUGGACGAGAAGGAGCUAAUGUCCCAACUUCGCCAGAUCCUGGAGUCCCGGCUGCAGCAGCCCCUGCCUGAGGACCUGGCAGAGGCCCUCGCCAACGGGGUCAUCCUCUGCCAGCUAGCCAACCAGCUGCGGCCCCGCUCUGUCCCCUUCAUUCAUGUGCCCUCACCUGCUGUGCCAAAGCUCAGUGCCCUCAAGUCUCGGAAGAACGUGGAGAGUUUCUUAGAAGCCUGUCGAAAAAUGGGUGUGCCUGAGGCUGACCUGUGCUCGCCCUCGGAUCUCCUCCGGGGCACCACCCAGGGGCUGCGGACCAUACUGGGGGCUGUGAUCCUGGUGGGGGGCAAGGCCCCCCUCCCAGUCCCGCCCUCCUCCAGUCUGGGUGGCUUCCUCCUCUUCUACGUGGUCUCCAUGCUGCUGCUCUAUGUCGUCUACACUCGGCUCCUGGGCUCCUAGGACCCACGCUGUCCCUUCCUUCCCCACCUUCUAUUUAUAGUCCUCCUAGUCACCCGUGCCCCCCAGUGCCUUCAGCCCUACCAAAGACACUAGUGCACCCUCACAAACACUGACCUCAGAAGCCCCCCAGUGCCCACAGUAGCCCUUACCCUCUAGUGCUGACGGUGCCUUCAUGUCCCCACCAGCCCUGUCCCCCAGAGGGCGACAGACCUGGGGUCCUUUCCUCCUCCCUCCCUCCCCCUGCUGGCUGCUAGGGGGAGCUAAAUUUUCUCUGUUUUGUAGAGAGAACUCUAUAUUUGUAGGGUGCGGGCCCAUCGUGGCCCCUGGUUCUGUGUAUAAACUGUAUAGACCGUCA